AUGGAUGCCCGUAGCGAAAUUAACAUCGACGAAUUAUUGAGAACACUUAUAGAUAUACCCUCGUCGAUGAAUGCAUUCGUCGACGAGGAAGACAGGACAAUUGAAGACGUCGUAACCUGCACUCUCCUGGGAGAGAUCAUGGACGCUGUGUUCAUCGACGAGGUAACGCGCGUACACGAAGGCCGGCGGAGAUGUCCCGACGAUGGUCACCGAAACAGAGAUCGACGAGACAAAGGUCGACGAAAAGUUGGUCACGUAUGCUGA